UAAAGAUCAAUUUGCAAAAUCCCUCAUCGUGUCUCUCCAAAACACUGGACCGGACGGUGACAAAGGAAGAUGAAGCUCGCCCUAAGUUACUGGAUCAUCUUGUUCCUUCUCAGUGGCUGUCGCACAAAUGAUGUCUUCCUACAGAAACCUUCAGCUCUGCAGCUGCUGUCUCGAGUCCCCAGAACCAACCAGUUUGCAGAAGAGCUUAGAGAAGGGAAUCUGGAGCGAGAGUGCGUGGAAGAAACAUGCACAAAGGAAGAAGUCCAAGAGAUUUUUGAAGAUGAUUGCAAAGUGGAAUCCUUCUGGAAACUCUACACAGCCAGGCUGAAGUGUAAUUCAACUACCUGCCAAAAUAAUGGGAGUUGUCGGAACACCGCCAUAGGAGUAAAAUGUAAAUGUCUCGGAGGAUUUAAUGGAACCUACUGUGAAACAGAUAUCAAUGAGUGUGACUUAAUGCCCACAUGCCCACCAGGAACAUCUUGUGUAGACGGAAUCAACAAGUUCACCUGCAUUUGCCCAGCUGAAGGAUGCUAUGCAAAUUCAGAAUUAUAAACACACAGUUGUGAAGGACUUGUUAUGGAUUUUAAAUCAGAAUAAAUAUUUACAAUUCAAUAUGGAACUGAGCUUGAAUCGGAAGAAUCAAACGCAGGUGCAGGAAAUCAGCCCAAAAUGAUGACCAUCCGUCUGUCUUCCACAUAUGCUACCUAACUUACUGAGUUUCCUCAGCAUUUUGUUGUUGCUUCAGAUUCAUACAGGGGUGGGGGGGGGGUCCUCUCUCUUAAAUAACCUUCUAAAGAAAUGCAUUUUCUGGCUCAAUCAGCAAACCCUGCUCGCAGUGCCAAUUGGAAGCAGGUUCCCAGGUUUGGUGAAUAAAACAAAAACACUGACUAUAAACCAGCAUAUUUAUCAUCAUUUUGUUGCUGCUCCAGAUUCCAGCACCUGUCUGUUGUGUCUCCAAAAUCAGACAGUGUCAAUGUCCACCAAUAUCUUCAAGUUCUGCCAUUAAAGUCUGGAUUCUAUAAAACCCAGUGAUCAGUAGUCAUUCAGUACACAAAUUAAUCCUUAUGUAAUGAUUUUUAUAAAUUGUUCUUUAAGCAACACACUGCAGCUUUUGGGAAUAAUGAGCAUGAAGACCUUCUAUAAAAGCAAAGUACUGCAGCAGAAUUGGCCCAUUGAGUCUGCCACAC